AUGGUUCGAGACAGAGACACCGACGAAUCCUCGUCGGCCAGCCAAUCAAAGCGCCCUCCCCUCAAUCAUCAAGAGAGCGACUCUACGAACAGCGACCACGCCGCCAGGGAGCAUCAUCAUCAGCACCGAUCGAAGCCUCAGAAGCACGUCGUCGGCGCCGGUCGCUUGCAUGCACGCGUCCCUUCUUCCAAAGCAUUACACAAACACCACGGAUCCAACGCUGCGAAACUGAACCACCGACGGAUAGCUUCUCCCUCACCAGAGCGAAAGCCGACCUUCGCAGCCAGCCAUCGCCGCGUUCAAUCCGACGCCAAACUAUCCCGCGACAGCUCAUCCACGAACCUGAGCAAGAACAAUUCCUCCACGAGUCUCCGGCGCAACAAGUCCCACGGCGAAGUAAACAAGAAGUCAAAGAGCUCGGACAAGCUCAAGCGGACCAACUCAAACCCGGCCGUCAACAAAGUCAAGUCGCAAAAGUCACAAGUACACUUUGACUUGGGCAACGACGGACAAGACGACGAAUGGGUUGACGCCAGCGCAUCCGCGUCACCAUACCUAUCGAGACGAGGAUCGCUUGCCAGCGCUCAAUCCUCUGCGAAGCCCGACGACAGCAGCGCAAAUAACUCACGAACCGAAACCCCCGUAGUGCAACCGUCCCCGCCUCCUGCAAGAGUCCCCGACCGCGAAACCGUACAGCACAGAGAAUACCUCACUUCGAGAUUACUCCAGCGCACACCUUCUCACGGCGCGCCGCCCAAGAUGACCGCAGACACAGUCUCGGUGUCGCGUCGGGGCCAGUCCCAGUCUCCGGACUCCAUCAGCCGCGUCUCCACGCUCGCAGACUCGCACAAUGUCACCGCAUUAGCCGGCACAAGCUCUGGCGACGAGCUCAUUUCAAGAUUUGUUGGCGCUGGCAGCUCCGGCGCGGCACGUGAAGGGUCAUUCUAUCAACUCUCUAGACGGCCCGACAGUCGGAGGUCAGAAGACAUCUCUCAGCAAAGACCACAGUCAUCAGCGAGCUCCGGACGACCGACGAGACGAGAUGCCGAGUUGUCGGAAGACGAGGACGGUACCGCGCUGGCGCCGCGAUCGGCCAGACGAUCUGCACCGCCGGCCGAGAAGUCGCGAACUCAACAGAAGCUUAACUUGCAACGCGCAAGCUCCGUGAUCGAGCCCGGACAGGCAGUCACCGGUGGCGUCGGCGCGAUCGGGGCAAGCCCACUCGUGGGGAUCGGGGGGCCUGGCUAUGACGGCGGCGCAAGCCGAGAUCCGCGCGUCGCCAAACAGCUGGAACGGACAGGGAUGGAGUAUCUCAGCGUUCGCAGAUUCCAGAAUCCAGUGGUUCGCUCUUUGGAUCGUCUCGAACAGAUCAAUCGCAUGAGCAAGAAUCAGCGGAUACCGCGCAAUGGCACUGCCAGCAUCAACGGAAAAGCGGCGUCGAUGCGCAGUGGUGUCGUGCCAGGUCAACACACGCGCAACUUGAGCGUCAACGAGAGUAGCGCAGCAGCUGCAAGGAGGCCCACCACACCACGCACGCAGUCGAUCCGGACAAACGGCGCUGGGUCAAGCUACGAGGACGAUCGCCAGAGUAGUCGAGCACUGCAAGAGGGAUCCGGAGCCCAGGGGUUGAGUGGAUCGAGUCUUGUUGGUGGAGAGGAAGAUGAGGGUGUGACAGCCAUCCUGCGCAAUCUAUGGGAGAAGAACCUGGAUCUCAGUGCCAGCCAGGACUAG